GCAGAAGUGAAAUCAAUGAAGUGCAGAGAGAAGGAGGAAGAAGAGAAGAACCGGAGCAGAGAAGGGGGAAAACAGAGGAGGAAGAGCUGGGUGGGUUUCUCUGCCUCGUCACGUCACCAAUAGAAGAAGAAGAAGAAGAAGAAGAAGCCACAGUGUGCUGCUCACUAACAUCUCCGCCCUCCACUGACCUCAAUGACCUCUCCACGAAGCAGGGCCAACAUGGUGCACGUGUACAACUGUCAUCCCUACGCAUCGCAGCAGAUCGUGCAGGUGGAGCAGGAACCGGGGCUGGUCUGCUGUGGAGGUGGAGCUCUGUUCGUGGUGGCUUCUGGAGGAUGCAAGGUGGAGGCGUACAGUGUGGAGCAGGAGGGCUGCCCACUCAUCUGCCGCUUCUCCACCAUGGGAACAGUGAGGAGCAUCCAGCACAGCAAGACAGGAGACUACCUGGUGACCAUUGAGGAGAAGAACAGCGCCACCUAUCUGAGAGCCUACACCAACUGGAGAUACCAGGCCGAGGGGAAAGCCCGUGUGGGGGUGCGCUUGCUGGGCCACCUGCUGCGGGGGGCGUCUAUGCGGGGCGGAGUGCAGAUGGAGAUCAUCGAGAUCCCCCUGUCGGAGCGUCCUGUGGCUGUGGCCUGUUGCUCGGUCACCGGGGACCUGCUGGUCGGCUGCGAGAAAACCCUGGUCCUGUUCACGCUGAGGAGACCGAACCAGCAGAACCUGCAGGGUCAGAGUCCCUGGCCGAACACUCAGCCGAGCUCCAGUCAGAGUCAAGGUCAAACGUCCAGUUCAAACCAAAAUGUUUCCAUCCUGGACUUUGAACGCUCCGUCAUCGUGCACCUUCCCAAAAUGUCACUUAAACAGGUGGCGCUGUGUGGAGGAUAUGUGGCCGUGCAGGCGGAGCUGGAGGUGCUCGUACUGAAACUGGAAGCUUCUUCUGAACCUCAAACCCCGGACGACUCCUCGGACACAAACACAUGUGAGGAUCCUCUGGAGGACCAGUCCGACCUGCUGCUCAUUCCGAGGCAGCAGGAGUUGCUGGGCGAUCGAGCUAAAGACUGUGACAUCCCUGUCAGCAUCGAGAAGACGGGACUGGAGGACAAAGGACAAUACACGCUGACAUAUGUUCUUUUCAGGCGUUUUACUCCAGAGUUUUUCCAGGGCUGCAGUGUGGAGGAGACGCAGCUCCACUCCCUGCAGCUCUACCCGCUUUACACCAGAAGCCAGUCGGUGUCCACAGAGGAACCGGCGUGUGUGUUCUGCUUCUUCUCUCUCCCCAACGCCGGCUACCUGUACAGCCUGAAGGGCGGAGUCGAGCUGCUCUCAGCCUAUCAGUAUCCAGAGAAGGUCCUGGAGGCGGUGCUAACAGACACCCUGCUGCAUGUCAUCACAAAGAAUGCGUUGCAGUGUUUCACAGUGCGUUGUGCGGCUGUAGCAGCCCGGAUCGACGACCCCUACAUCGACACCACCAUGAAGGCCUGUCCGCCCUGCAGCCUGGAGGUGUGCGCCCUCCGGAUGCAGCUGUUCAUCGGCCUGCGCUCAGUGUGCGUCUACGGCCGACACGUGGUCCUGCUCUCCGCCGCCGACAUGGAGACGCCAGACGAGAGCGAACGCAGCACACAGCGCCGGAGCAGGAAGUGGACGAUCUCCUCUCCUAAAGAAACCAGCGCAGCCGCUCAUGGAUGGAACCUGUACGUGGUCGACACCGUCUCGCCCCUCGUGCUCUACCGAGAGAUGGUGGAGUACAGCCGACACUAUUCAGAGACCAACCCACAGGCCCAAAGCCUUCGACACCUCCUCAGUGAGGCUCACCUCCUCCUCUGCGCCUCCUCACUGCAGCAGAGCGGCGAGGGCGACCACACGGUGUCUCUGCAGAAAGACACAGAGGGACAGACUGAAGGACAGACUGAAGGACAGACUGAAGGACAGACGGAGGGACAGACUGAAGGACAGACGGAGGGACAGACGGAGGGACAAGAACUGCAGGAGGCUCUGAGACAGAACUGUGCACAACUGGGAGACUGUUACAGCAGGGCGAGCCAGAAGGACUGUCACCAGGCGCUGCCGUACUACAGGAUGUCCGGACUGUCAGUCACAGAGGUCAUCGUCAGGAACCGCCCACUUCCCAGCAGCCCUCACUCCUAUGGCCUCGGCUUCCUGUUUUACCUGAAGCAUUUCCUGUUGGAGGAAACGGAGCAGAGCCUCAGUCAGGAAUCAGCCGAUGAGGUCGUUGACAUUUUCAGCCAAUCAGAUCCCUCGGAGAUCAUCAGCGUGUGUGCCAGCCCGUCCAUGACCAACAUCAGUCCCGCCCGGACGCUGCGAAUCUUCCAACAUCUGGAGGCCACGGCUGGCGUGUCGGUGCCGCUGACCAUCACCAUGGCAACCAUGAUGCUGCGUCUCGACGACCUGCCGCAGUACACACAGCUGAUGGACAGACAUCCCGAGAUGCUGCUGGUGUACGGUUUCAUCGACGAGCCGAGGCUGCUGCUUCACGGUGGAGGCGGCGGCCCGCACACACUGGUCCGUCCCACAUCGCUGACUCGCCAGCUGGCAAAGUCCCAGCCGGGUCUGCUGGUAGCCGGCAUGGUGGCUCUGCAUGAGAACAACAAGGCUCAGCUGGAACAGGCUGAUCACAUAUUCAAGGAGCUGGGCUGUGAGAAUUGCUUACUGGUGGACUUCUGGGAGGCGACGCUCAUGGCCUCUUCUCAGGAAGCCGUCAUCCAGGAGCUUCUGUUCCGACUGGCUUCUGUCUACAUCGAGCGGCUGACGCACACAAACUCCGACACACACUCCAGCCUCCCUCGCACUCGUCCACAACGCCGGCCGCUGAAGAGCGCCGACGAUCUGAUCAACUCCAGCUCCCAUUACGGCUCCUUGUACCCGUGGCUCACAGUUCUGUGUCCAGCUCACACUGCCAGCUUCCAGCACCAGGAGGCGUUACACAAACUGCAGUCUCUCCUGUGUGGUCCGUCCAUGUCCAUCGGUUCUGUCCUCCCACUGUUGGAGCGUCUGUCGGAGGACACCCUGUGGGGCUUCAGCCUGCACCUCCUCUGCGCGACCAGAAGGGGGCAGUUUGACAGCAGCAUAGAGAAGCUGCUGGACCGAUGUCCUCAGGCCAUCAUCGCCUUCGCCAACCACCAUCUGCAGGACAGUCACAUGGCGUUGUGGUGGAAGAAGCUGCUCCCGGAGCUGUGCAAUCGCACGAGAGCUGCAGGGGACAACAGCAUCCUACUGGCUGCCCUCAAAGAAACGCUGGUGGUGGUUGCCACGGAGACCAGCCCGGCACAGUUCCUGGAGCUCAUACCCGACGACGGCACGGCAUCGUACUUCCUGCCUCACCUGUUGACAUGUAGCCAGAGACACCUGCUUGCCUGAGACACAAAGACACGCACGAUAACACAAAGAGAAAUGUGUGUCCGCUGGUGGCUGAAGGUCAACGUUCCACUCGGGAUCGGGGACGCUCGUUUGUUGAAGAUGAUUCGUCACUGAAAGAAUAAUCCUGAUUCUAUAACAGGAGCACAAUGACCGGCCCUAUUGUUGGAUGAGCCGAACAAACACAGUGAUUAAAACUUCAAUGACAGUAAUUCACAAACCGUGACAUUAUAAAUAUAUGUUACAUCAUCGUGUCAGUAUUAAAAUGGGGCAGCCAUCUUGUCAGGAGGAAGGGUUUAUGACCUGUACAUCAAUCUGUCAUCAGGGGAUGAUUGGCAUCACUUGUGCAGAGCCAUCAUUAUUAACUAUGAACCAAACCCUCAGUGAAAACAUUCCACGUUACGCCCGAGGACUAAAAAACAAGAUCAGCAAAACCAGGACCAGGAAGUGGUUGAGUAUUUUGAACUGUGGUGAACCGCCUGCAAUUAUUCUUCUUUGUCAUUGUUUGCACGGAUCUGUGUUAAAUAUUUAAGCACUUCAUGAUUUGUUAUGGAAUUAACCUUGAAAUAUUAUAUAUCCUGACAUAGUUUCACCACUUAGUUAUAUAUUGUCAGUAGAUGAGAUUUCACGAAGGCAGACAAAUGUCUUGGAUUGUCCCUGGAGCACCGAGCUCUUUCCAUUUCACCCAAAUGUUAUUUCAUUUAAAUAACAAAAAAACAAAUUCCUUUUUCCUUUUCCUCCCCACAACAAAAUCUGAAUAUUCAUGCUUCUUAUUUAAAGUCAGUAAAGAACAAAUGUAAACUGUGUCUCGUCGUUAACCUGAGUUGCAGGAAGUUCCUGAUACAAUCACUCCUGCAGGAUAAAGGAAUGUUGUGCUGCAGCUUCAGUUGACUGACAUUGAUUACAGAUUAUUAUGUGUGUGUGUGUUUUUGUUUGUGUGUGUGUUGUGUCAUCUCAGUUUCACCAUAGAGACUCUAAACAAACACUCAGCACUUUUGUCUUUGCUCCAAAUGUGAAGAUUAGAUCACAGUCAUCAAGUUAUUUUGUCAGUCAUGAACUUUGUUAAUGUUUGACAGCAGAGUCGACGAGCAAAAACACCAACGUGUAUUGUUAUAAUUAUUAUUAACAUCAUAUAUCGCUUUUUAAAAGUGCAUGUAAAAUGUAAAUGUAAAAUGCAAAAAAUAUAUAAAUUAUAAAGAUUGAAAGUAAAAAAAAAACAAUUGCAAUAAA